AUGUCUAAGAAAUCUACAUAUGUAUCGAUUGGAAGAGAAAUAGAACAAGCAAGAAUGACAAAGUCUUCUGGAUUUAAUGAUGUAUUAAAUGAGAAGGAACUUCGAAAUAGAGCAAAUAGUCUGUUAUAAAAACCUCAAUUAAAGAAAUUUUACAAGAAUAAAAAAGAUGGAGGAAUAAUAAAACCCAAUAAAAAGGCAGAACAAUUAAGAAAUAAUUUCAUAGAUAAAUUAAGCUUAAACAAUUUGGAUAAUACAGCUCCUCCAAAAUCAAUUGUAUCUCAUUAAUCUUCAACAACUACUCAACCUCUUUGUUUUGAAAUUGAUUUUGAUUGGCUAGAUUAUUGUGAUGAAUAAAAGUUCAAAUAGAUCUUUAAGGAAGACUUAAAAGACAUUCCAGAUAUUGAAUAAUAUGUAGAAGAUAAUUAAUCAUAUCUUUGUCAUAUCUUUGCAUAAUGUGCUUGUGCAAAAUGUACUUGCAACAAAUGCAUUUGUUAAUAUAAAAAGAAAUUAGAAUUAAAUUAUGCAUAUGGUAUGCUUACUACAAAUAAAUUUGAUUACGUACCAAAAUAAAAUAAAUGCUUUACUCCAAUAAUAACAUAAAAUCAUUAUGAUAAUAUUGGAUUACCAAUUGCAUCUAUGUAAUUUAAUUCUACUUAGAGAGAUAAUUACAAAUGGAUACCAUAAGAUAGAUCAAGAACAGCUGCCAAAUCUAUGUAUGAAUCUCACAAUUUGCCAACUGGAUAAACUACUAAUAAUGUACGAAUUUUCAUUCAAUAGUCUUGCUCACAUUUAUCAAUUGGAAGGACUAUACUCCAAAUAUAUUUAAGGCUCCUCAAUUUCGUUCUACUGUUAAAGCCAAUUUAAUGAC